GCAAAUGAUGCUGCUAAAGAAUAUCACGAUGCCGUCAGACGACAGGAAGAGGUACACUGGGAUGAUUUCCUCGCGGAUGGUACGAAUAUCUGGCAACCGGCCAGGUAUUUGGACCCCGAUAGGAGCCUAGCAUUUGACAAAAUACCGCCAUUGACGAGGAGAGACGGAUCUAAUAACAAAAUUGAACAAGCGGAGGAACUUCUGUCCGCGUUCUUUCUCCCACUGCUAGCGACAAUUGGUCAUGAUGUGCUCCAAAACAUCGCCCUUGUCCUCCUCUCGACAUUGCAGAUCAGCCUCCUCGUUU